CCCCUCAGCGAGACGACGACGACCAGCUCUCUGCCGGCCGAGCCCGAAGGUUGCGUCUGGCGGAGGGGGAGAGCGGAGCGAGGUGAGCGGGGCUACCCUGGCUGGCUUGACAGAAGGAAGAGGGAUUGACGUUGUUUUCUCCGGGUGUUGUUUUUGCGCCGCGCCAGGGAGAGACAGGCGGUGCAGCGGCGGACGAAGAAGCGAGCGACGUGGCCCCCAGCGCGCCUGUCAUGUCCGUGUGGGAGCCAACUUGCCAGCAGCGGUCUAAAUUUGCCGAGGAGGGGAACGCAUACUGGCUGGAGAGGAGUAUUAUUAGCAGUUCUCUCUGGUCAUGCACCGCCAACUGCUACACCCAAGUGGACAGGUCAAGAGUGAAACAGUAGAUCCGUAGGAACAAUUGUGCAUCAAGUUCAACGGCAAACCCUGGCUCCCAUGCUGGCUGUCACAAAUCCCCCACUCCAUACCCUCAGCCAUGCCUGCAACCACCAAGUCCACCAGGAGAAAGACUGGCCAGAGAGUAGCGAGCAGCAAAAGAGAAACUGGCAAAUCGAAUAAGCCCGGAGGGAGAGCUUCAGAGCGUCUCCAGACCAGGUCGACCACCAAGGCUCAGUCAGGCCGAAGCCCUCGGGGAAGAGCCAGUAGUCGGGUCUUAGGUGGAAGAAGCUUGUCCCCUGCUCAGGUUAACCCUGCCCUCGAUGUAACAGGAUCCGUAAGGCUUAGGCGCUUGAGCAUUGGCGAGUUCGAAGACCCCCUAUGGCGCAGGAAGUCCCCACGGGGUGUACGGGUGUCAGCUGAUUCCUGCUUGCCUCCCAAACCAUGCAGAGGUACAAAAAAGACCAGGGGAGGUCGAGGAAGAGGAGCCGCAUCACAUCGCAGAAACCAGUUGAUCACCAGCAUAGACGAAACAACUACUGAUGUCCAGAAACCAGAACCAUGUAUUGAUGAAGAACAUCUUCCAGUUUCUCUAAAAACUGAUUUUCAGGUCCCUGCCAACAGAGGUGCUAAAGAGGGAAGCCCCCUUAAAGCGGAUUCCCCACCGUGUAACGACACCCCGGAGGACUGUGUGCCGUGCGGCUGUGACGCCAACAUAGCCGAGCAAGACCACCAGACAAGCGUUGAAGGGGCUGAAGAUGAAGGUGACCUUCAACUGGAACCAAGCAAAGAUAGCUCCUCUGAGCUAGGUGCUACCAGGGUUGACUCCCCGGCUUUGCAAGGACCGGCUCAAAAACAGGACCUUGUCAAAAAUGAUAUUUUGGAUUUGGGAGGGGAUAGGACUGAAACCGCCGAGAAAAAGGAGGAGAUACAUCUUGAGGAAGUUGCUGAGAAAACACCUCCAAGAUCCGAUGAAGCUGAGCAAGUGACGGAGGACAUCGCGGAUGUGCCGGCUAAUGAUGUUAGCGAUGUUCUGACCAAUCCAGCCGCAUCCCACCUAAGCACCCCAGCCUCACAACCUCUGGAAUCCCCACAGUCCACUGAAGGACCACAGGAACAGUCGCUAGAUAUGGUGCUAAUUGUCCCAAACACAGCUACCUCAAGUUCCACCAAAAUCCCCUGCACCUCAGUGGAUCUUCAGAGGCCGGGUGAGACAGAAGUGCAAACUUCCAUUCAUGGUGCUGGGCCUCCAGUCCCAAUAAUGUCUGCUGUCCCAGAGACCUCCAAGGUGACCAAUCAAGUGCGAAGUACACCUGUUAUUAUCUGUAGUGGGUACCUUAAAUCAAGGAGCUUCUGGGAACCGCAGCAAAGUCCUCCUCAAGCAAAGACGCACACCAAAGAUAGGCAGCCUUUCCCGGAACCAUUAGAGGUGGAGACAUCUUUGCCAUCAUCAAGCAUAUCCGACUGUGACCCGGCGGCCGAGCUGGAACCACCGCCAAAGAUCUCGACGCCCUCUCUGGACGGCAGUUCAGUGUUGUCCUACAGCUCAGAGAGCACACGCUCCUCCUUCUCCUUCGACACGGAAUCCGAGCUCGGCUACGGAGACUCCUCGGUUCUGUCGGGACCCUCCGGGCCCGAGGGCGUGCACCCGCCCUCCUGGCGCAAGGAACAACGGAAGGAGCGGAGAAAGCGCAGCAGGUGCGGGAGGUGCGAGCCGUGCCUGAGGAAGAUCAGCUGCGGCCGAUGCAGCUGCUGCUUAAACCGCAGGACCGGUCACCAGAUCUGUAAGAUGAGGAAGUGCGUUGAACUGAAGAGGAGAAGGCCGACAAGUCCACUCACGCUCCCUGUUGCCCAGGUGGUUGCAGAAAGCGGCUCGUUCAAUGGCAAGGGGAAGGCGCCGAUGGAUGACACCCACACCGCCGCGGAGGAGGACGAGGAGGGGGAAGGCCAUAUACAACGUACAAAAACUACCCUCAUCGCCAACUCGCUCCACCACGAGCCAGCGUCGGACCUCAGCGGACGGCCCGCACUUAUCCAGCGAGAGCUCGGGCUGCAGCUGAGCGGCAUUGCACUUCAACAACAUGUACGCCCUUCUGUAAAUUUUCUCAAUGGAUCCUUGGAGAACCAAACCAAACACAAUGGUGCUAAUAUGACCGACAGGUCUCCCUUGGACCCCAAGUCUGAGUAUCACAGGGCUAUGAUUGCCUCAGAGCCUCAACGGAGCGUAAUUGCAGCCAUACCGCCUCAGAAUGGAUCGAAGACUUCCAGACAUGACACAGUUCCACUGAAAAGAAUCAAACUGGAGGAGCCGUGGGUGCGGGAUGAAGAACCCACCACCACACAGCUUCGUGAGACGGAUGAGGUCUGUGAAGACCCUCUGUCCACGUUGGCGGCGGUGGUAUGUCUCUCUGUCACACAGAGGAGAGGACUAGAGGAUAAACUCCUCAGCUCACAUUCUUCUUCACUUCGAUGCAUCAAAACGGAGCCAACAGAUCUUCGAUUAAUCAAGAAGGAGUCAAAGGAUUUUAGAAGCGACUUGCUAAGGACUCCCCAGAAUAUCAAGAGUGAACCUCCUUCAAAUGACUUGUUACCAAGCGUGCAGUCUCUGGCAGAGAAGAGGAAUCUUAGUUUUGACCAGGCUAUUGCCAUCGAGGCCUUAACUCAACUGGCAGCUAUACCUCAACACAGCCCAGUGUUCAUUAAAACUGAAAGGAAGUGUGAACUUCCCCCAAGCACGCAAGAAGCCAAACCAUCCGCAACCAUCCGCUACAACAAAGUGUCGGUCAUCAGCUCGCCGAUUCACCAGACAUCCGUGAUACACCCUCCUGUGGCCAGACAAGGGAAUGUCAUCAAGCGUUGCCAGGGCUUAACCGCUAACACAAAACAGGACGGCGAUGGAGCCGCCUGCAGGAGAAUCUACCAAAGCUUUGCCUCUCGUGUCAUCAAGUCAGAGUACAGCAAUGUAGGACCCAAUGAAGAUCGUGAGCAUCAGUUUUGGGAGAGGCAGAAAGUGAGGAGAAACCAAGACGAGGAGGAGGUGGCGGCUCAACUGGCGGACUUGGCCUUCAUCAUCCAGUCCAGACAGGGCCAGCUGUCAGAGAGUCCUCAUCUGAAGGGGACUCCCGUGUCAGCCAUCAAAUACAACUACAACUCCCAGUUAUCACCCAGUCAGAAGAAGACGCCCGUAAAGAAAACGAGAACUACUCCUUCAAAGCCUAGGAAGAAAAAGAUUAACGGGGGACCGCACGAGGGGAUCGACCGCAGGACCCCCCUUUCAAAACGCCUGGCAAACGGAGAUGCUUCAAACAGAAGCAGAGGAAAGAAGAUCCCUCCGCCGGGGAAAUCAGGUCUUCCCCAUAGGAGAAACCUGUUUUUGCCUCAGGCUCAAAUCGACCUGAAGAGAUACACGGCCGAAGCUCAAGAGAAAGCAAGGCAACUCAUCCACCACACCACGCAGACUCACCACUACAGUCCUCUCACAAAGACCACCCUAGGCCCGGAGAACCCACUAUUGUCUUAUCGUCCCCAUCCCCUCCACAUCCAUAAUCCUGCUCCAGGAGGACCACCGCAGGAGUGGGAAAGGCGUUUGUUACCUCAGGUAGCUCAGCCCUGCGGAGGGCUGCAGCACGGUGCUGAUCCCAACGCCGGACUAGUCGACGCUGCCCACCUCAGCCAGACUACCUACCCCGAUCUGGCUAACGGCCUCUCGGGGACUCGGCAAUCCCCUCCCCCAAGCCAGCAGAGCUACUACAAGCUGGAGAGGUCGGGACCCGUCACUGUCUUGUCUACGUCUACUGAUGCAGAUGCGGGCCACUCGGCGGAGUCAACUCCAUCCAAGAACAGUGUCAACAGCUUUCUGGAGUCACCCAUGAUGUUUCUGGACACCCCCACAAAGAACCUGCUCAACACGCCCUCCAAAAAACUGUCUGAUCUUCCUUCUUGUCAAUGCAUGGACCAAAUCAUUGAAAAAGAGGAAGGCCCUUACUAUACGCACCUUGGAGCAGGACCCAGUGUUGCUGCUGUGAGGGAACUGAUGGAAAACAGAUAUGGCGCCAAAGGAAAUGCGGUGAGGUUGGAAGUUGUUGUUUACACUGGAAAAGAAGGAAAGAGCUCCCAGGGAUGUCCGAUAGCCAAAUGGGUGAUCCGACGAGGCAGCGAGGAAGAGAAGCUGCUGUGUUUAGUCCGGCAAAGGCCAGGGCACCGCUGUGACACCGCAGUGUUGGUUAUCCUCAUCCUGGCCUGGGAGGGAAUCCCCCGGCCGGUGGCGGACCACCUGUACCAGGAGCUCACAGAGACCCUCUUUAAAUACGGCUCCCCCACCAGCCGCCGCUGCGCCCUCAAUGAAGAUCGUACAUGUGCAUGCCAGGGGUUGGACCCGGAUACCUGCGGAGCGUCAUUUUCUUUUGGCUGCUCGUGGAGUAUGUACUUUAACGGCUGUAAGUUCGCCCGCAGCAAAGUGCCGCGCAAAUUCCGCCUGCUUGGCGACUACCGGGAUGAGGAGGAGAAGAUCGAGAAAAACCUCCAGGGUCUCGCCACUGACCUUGCACCGCUCUAUAAGAGCCUUGCCCCUGAAGCCUUCCAGAACCAGGUGGAGCACGAGGAGGAAGGAGACGGCUGCCGGCUGGGCUGGAGGGAGGGACGUCCUUUUUCAGGGGUCACGGCCUGCGUGGACUUCUGUGCACACGCUCACAAGGACAACCACAACAUGAACAACGGCAGCACUGUGGUUUGCACUUUAACAAAGGAGGACAACCGUGCAGUUCGGAAUAUACCGGAAGAUGAGCAGCUCCACGUUCUUCCACUCUACAAGGUCUCUGACAGGGAUGAGUUUGGCCGUGUUGAAGGACAGUGGGCCAAGAUCCGGACCGGGGCCCUCCAGGUUCUGUCAUCCUUUCCAAGAGAGGUGCGUCUCUUAGCCGAGCCAGUCAAAUCAGCCCGCAAGAUGAGGCAGGAAGCUCGUCUCAAAGCUCAAGCUGAGAAACUGGAGAAAAAGCUUGGGUUGACCCCUCUUACACCUGCUAAAGUGAAGAGCGAAACCCCAACCAAAGGUGUGCAACACGCCCUUUACAACACUUACAAAGUAUCGCCUCGACCUGCCAGCGUUGGACGGUGCCAGCCCAGCACUUACAGUCAAAGCACCAGCAACUAUCACCAACAGAGGGAGCCAGUGUCCCCCAACCCGGGCGUCCAGUACGGCCACAAUGGCUCGGUUCUGGCAAUGAACGAGGCAAUCAAUGGGUGUCCUGCAACACCCGGCGAGCAGAGGAGCCCGUUCGGAUCCCCGUCAGAACGCGUAGCUGCACAUAAUUACCCCUGUACUUUUAAAACUGAGCCCGGCGAGGUGCGAUCUCCUUUGCGGAGACCCUCCCCCAGCGGAAGUGCUCCCCCCCACACCUCCUUCUCCCCUAGACCUACCUCUGAGGGCCUCUUCAGCAGGCUCAACGGACUCCACCGGGCGGCGGGGGACGCCGAGCUCUUGAGUCGCGACUUCGCCUCCCUCCCCCUGGAUCCGGAGGAGGUGAAGGAGGAAGAGCUGUGGUCGGACAGCGAGCACAACUUCCUGGACCACGACAUCGGCGGCGUGGCGGUGGCGCCGUCGCACGGCUCCAUCCUCAUCGAGUGCGCGCGGCGGGAGCUGCACGCCACCACGCCCAUCCUCAAGCCCGACCGCAGCCACCCCACCCGCAUCUCCCUGGUCUUCUACCAGCACAAGUCCCUCAACGAGCCGGGCCACGGGAUGGCCAUGUGGGACGCCAAAAUGGCCAAGCGGGAGCGGGAGAGGGAGGAGGAAGUGGAGAGGUUGAGGAUGGAGGAGGCGGGAGGCAGGGAGCUGGAGGAAGGAGCAGGGGUGGAGGCAGAGGAAGCGUGGAAGAGGAUGAAUGUUCCCACGCGGCAAACGUGGACGCUACCAAGGGACGGCGUCAUCACUGUGUCCCCUUAUGCUCUCACGCAUGUGACGGGUCCUUACAACAGCUGGACUUAACACACACACACACACACACACACACACACACACACA